AUGGCGCUAGCGCCGUCCUCGGCCCCGGGCCAGCUGCGUAUGCCCACGAGCCGCACCCGAGGAAAGCACAAAUCGACUGCUGCCCUGGUGCCUCAGGGUGUUCAACCUAGCUCGCAGAGGCCCUACCAGCAGUCUUUCAACGGAGUUCCUCAAAAAAGAAAGAUUCCAGCUCACCACCAUUAUGAUCGGCAGCCACAGUUUGUUGGUACUCCCGAAGACGUCGAAGAUGAUGAUUUGCUUUAUCCUGAUGAAGAAGGUAGCUUCGGUCAAUAUUCCUAUGAUGAGGAGCCAAUGCCGCAAACCAUUGGCGCCAUUAUGGAAAUCCUAUCUGAUGUCCAGUCUCAGUUAACAUCCCUAUCUCAUGGGUUCGAGGAACAAAAGAAAAGACAAGUAAAGGCUGACGCCGUACUGGAAGAACUCGUGACAACUACGCAUCAAGUGGACAGCCGCAUGGACCAACUACCACUUAAGCUCUCCAGUAGCAUAGUACACUUAGCUCAGGAGCAGCCCAACCUUCUUACGCAAGGAUCCACAAAUCAGACAGCUUUUCACAUGGGAUUGGACUCUGUCGAUCCUUCCAACUUGACGAACAACAACCGGGCAGGACAAGGGAACAAUGGGGUACAGGGAUAG